AUGGCUUCUCGAGUGUCUACAGUCAGUCGCCCCAGUCCUACUUUGGCCGAUGCUCGGUAUCUUCUCAACCCACCCUGGCCUGGACAAAUUUGCAACGCAAACUCUCCCAGCCCAUCAUCGCAAUGUCGACCAUUCUCCUUUACCAAUACCAUUCGAUCAAGCAGACGGUCAUUCGAUGAGCUACCUCAUCGCAAAGGCUUCAACCUCAAGCAAACCCCUGCCAACGAGCUUCUCUGUCUUGAAUGGCAUCAGCCUCCUCGAAAUCUUUUGUUGAUAAAGAAGGACUGCUCAGACGAUGCCGCCGACGCACUUAAAGAGUUCAUCAAGCAUGUCACCUCCACCUAUUCGGACAUCAAUAUCCUCCUUGAGCCACAUGUAUCAGCAGAAAUAGGCUCCGACCUGCCCGCUCAAGCGUUCACCACCACCAGCAAAACUCAAACCGCACACCCACUCCAUCAAAAGGUCGACCUGGUCGUUACUUUUGGUGGAGACGGCACCAUAUUGCAUGCGGCUUCUUUGUUCGCCACAUCAGAUAAAGUCCCUCCCAUUCUUUCUUUCAGCAUGGGCACCCUGGGUUUCUUGGGGGAGUGGAAGUUUGCUGAGUACAAGCGAGCCUUCCGCGAGGUAUAUAUGUCAGGAUCCGCUUCUGAGCGCCAUGCCGUCAUUGAAAGCAAAGCUCCCCAGUCUGAAAACAACAUCCAUUUCACGGGCUGGUCUUCUGUGCGGGGCAAGUCCAUGGGAUCAACAAGAAGUGCUAGAGUUCUUGUGCGGCAGCGUCUGAAAGUAGGGGUGUUCGAUGCUGAUGGUAAUCGAUUGAGUAGCAAUGGAGAUAUCUUGCACGAUAUGCAUGCCAUGAACGAGGUCAUUCUUCAUAGAGGGCGAGAUCCACAUCUCGCGGUUGUCGAUGUGUUCGUCGGUGGCCGCUUCCUCACCGAAGCUGUUGCUGAUGGUAUGAUCAUUUCAACACCUACCGGCAGCACGGCAUAUAGCCUCAGCAGUGGUGGCAGCAUUAUCCAUCCCCUGGUAUCAUCUCUUUUGCUCACCCCAAUUUGUCCAAGGAGUCUAAGCUUCAGGCCGCUGGUCCUGCCUGCAACAACGCCAAUCACGCUCAAGUUGAGCGAGAAGAACAGAGGCCGAGAAGUUGAAGUCAGUAUCGAUGGUGUCAGGCGCACUGACGGCAUAGGUGUCGGCGCCGAGCUCCGCGUCUCUGGAGAGACAGUGAGAAGCGAAUCCGGUAGUCUCACAGGCGGAAUCCCUUGCAUCAUGCGCCGAGUCAACGCUGGCGCUGAUUCUGAUGAUGGAUGGGUCGGCGGACUCAAUGGGUUACUUAAAUUCAAUUAUCCAUUUGGCGAGGAGACGUGA